ACCCAUUUAAGCCCAUGACAGCAUACGUGCACCUAAUUCUCCUAUUUGUCACACUCACCACCCCUCUCUUUCAAGGCGCUCCUCCAAGCGAUCCCAUAUACCCAAUAACACAACAACUUGUUCAUUUUAUUUUCAAUCUUUGAUCAGCCCAUCCGCCAGUUCUCUGCGUACGAUUGCUAAAAAUGAGAUGGUUAGAAUCCUUGAUGCUAUUAAAUUUCUUUCUUUUGGUUGCUGCUGCUCCGCCAAUUCAAGCUCUGGAUUCGAGAAAGCUUGAUGAGAACACCGCACCUGGCUCCACCGAUCAGAAGUGUACUCCCUGUACUGCAACCCCUCCACCACCACCGCCACCAUCACCAUGCCCUCCUCCACCAGCUUUGCCACCUCCGACUCCAAAGAAACCUCCAUCAAGCAACUGCCCUCCGCCUCCACCAUCGUUUAUCUACAUAAGUGGUCCACCGGGGAACUUGUACCCUGUUGACAAUGAUUUUAGCGGCGCUGGCCGAACCACGGUGGCGGGGCUGCCGGCUUUGAUUGGAUGUGGGUUGUUAGCCUUUUUGCUAAGAUAUGUUGUUUAAGGGGCCAAAAAAAAAGUGCAAAAAGAUGAAGAUUCUAAGGACAAAGGAAUUAUAUUUUUGUUGUCCAAAGGUUGAAGUGUUUAGGAUCUAGUUUGGUACUUCUACUUUUCUCUCUCAACUGUCUAAUAAUUCCAAUUGACACUCUUUUGUUCUUAUCCUUUUUACUCCAUUAAUAACAAUCUCCUUCUUCUUCUUUUUUUCUC